AUGGGAAAAUUAGCGACCUUGAAUGGCAUAUUGAAAGACGAAGCCUCACAGAUGAAACUCAAUGUGGUUCAUUUGUGUAGCUCCGUGAAUGCCAAAACCAUUGAUUUAGCUCUCUUGAAAGCCACGUCUCAUACCUCAAACAACCCGCCUUCAGACAAAUACGUCACUUUUCUCCAAUCAACUAUUGACACGUGUUACGGUCCUGAUACUGUUGAUGCGAUCUUGCAUAGGCUGCGUGUGACGACGGACGUAUGUGUGGCUGCUAAAUGUCUCAUUCUUCUCCAUAAAAUGGUUAAAUCAGAAAGUGGGUAUAAUGGAGAAGAUAGUCUUCGGAACAAUAUUAAUCAUCGUACUUUGAUUUAUACUCAAGGAGGGAGUAAUCUUAAAUUGAAUGAUCUUAAUGUAAAUUCAUCUCGUUUUACUAGAGAGUUGACUCCAUGGGUUCAAUGGUACAAACAAUAUCUAGAUUGUUACUUAUCUAUUGCGGAGGUUUUAGGUAUUACUCCAAACAUAAAAGAAAAAAACGAAGAUAAGCGUUUGGAGACUCAGCGAGUCUCGUCUUACCCAAUGGAUUGCAUUCUCAAACAAAUUGAUUUCCUAGUAGAACUAUUCGAACAUAUAAGUGAUAGGCCAAAAGCUCCACAGUCGAAGCUGAACAAAAUCGUUAUUGAAAUGACAGAACUAAUGGUACAAGACUACUUCUCCGCCAUAAGAUUGAUGAGGAUAAGAUUUGAAGAAUUGAACGUAAGAGUAGCUAAACCUAACGAGUUGGUUCCGGUUUUGGAGAAGCUUGAAAACUGCAAGGAGGGUUUGAGCGAGUUUUCUUGGCGAAGCAAGUAUUUGAUUGCAGAUUUUUGGUAUUUGGUAUCGAAAUUAAAAGAUAUGUAA